AUGGCACCAACAUGCUCGGACCCUCGACAAAUCGUCAUCACGCUCAACCCCGCGCGACGUCAGGCCCUACUCAAGCUUGUUGAUGAGAUCACUUCAUACAUGAGUGAUCAACUUGAAGCUUCCGACGACCAGCUAGGCCCUGUUAUAUCAAGCCCGCGAAAUGAGAGCGGCCCUUCAACACCGAGAGAUGAAGCCAGGUCGUCAACUCCUAGAAACGACGAUUCCGACAAGCGCCUUCAACAGCAGCAGCAGCCGAACCAGCCUUCGGCGCAAGCGCUACGCAUCCAAAAGGCUGCAAUCAAGCAUUUGAAGCAAUGGAAGAACGAAUUCAUGCCAAAGCUGGAGGAGAUUGUACGUGUCAAAGAUGACCACAAGAUAUUGGAUGAGAGACGCAAACAUCAAGCAGCCGCAGAAAAGAAGAAGCUUGAUACCCCCGAAGAUGGUGAGAACCUCAUCAACUUCGGUGAAGUCAAGAUCGACAAGUCCCAGGACAUCGCCUCGCUCCAGGCCUUGUACCACCCAAUUCCAACAAGACUGACGACUAUUCCUGCGGCUGAUAGGCGAGAGGCUCUUUCAUGUAUCUUGCUCCUCCUUCUUUCUACAGGCAAGUAUUCUGCCCACACGCGCGCUCUCGCACUAUACCUUGCUUCAUCCUUGGAGAUCCCUCAAACUUUCAUCACCAAGGAGGAGAUGGAAAUCGCCAAGACCCUUCUUGAAUCCUCCAAGGACCAGGACAAGCAGCAGGAGGUCAUGUCUGCUGAAGCCGAAGCAUCUAAGCGCCGAGAAGACAACAAGUUCAGCCGAUUCUGGAAAGUCGGACUUGCUUCUGUAGCUGGCGCAGCUGUUAUUGGUGUCACUGGUGGUCUGGCAGCACCACUUGUUGCUGGUGCUGUGGGCGGUCUACUUGGCGGCGUGGGCUUGGGAGGUGUCGCUAGCUUUCUCGGUAUCUUCUGGAUGAAUGGUGCUCUUGUAGGCGCCCUGUUUGGUGCUUACGGAGGAAAGAUGACGGGCGAAAUGAUGGACAAGUACGCUAAAGAAGUUGAAGACUUCCGCUUCAUCCCCCUCAAAGGAGAGUGGGGUGAGAUCUUCAAUGCUGAACAGGAUCAAGCACAAACACAGGAACGGCGACUGCGUGUUACUAUUGGCAUAAAUGGAUGGCUUCGUGACGAAGAAGACGUUACAAAGCCAUGGCGGAUCCUUAGCGACGAUAGCGAGGUCUUUGCUCUACGUUAUGAGAUGAAGUCCCUUAUCGCCCUCGGACAUGCACUGCGAACCAUGGUCGAAUCCUUUGCCUGGAAGAAACUCAAGAUGGAGGUCCUCAAACGCACCGUCUUCGCUACACUUCUUGCUGCUCUUUGGCCAAUCCAACUACUCGCUGCUGCUUCCAACGUUGACAACCCUUUUGGCCAUGCCCACAACCGAUCUCGUAAGGCAGGCCAGCUACUUGCCGACGCUCUCAUCAACAAGGUUCAAGGAGAACGGCCCGUCACACUGAUUGGAUACUCCCUUGGCGCAACAGCGAUCCAUGCUUGUCUCCAAUCUCUGGCGGAGCGACAUGCCUUUGGACUCAUCGACUCAGUUGUUAUCAUUGGCGCUCCUGCUCCUUCAGCACCUACUCACUGGCGCACCCUCCGUACUGUCGUCUCUGGAAAGAUUUUCAAUGUCUACUCAGAAAAUGAUCUGAUUCUUGGCUUCGUUUACCGUGCUCACAGUCUUUCCAUGGGUGUAUCAGGCUUGCAAAACAUCCAAGAGGUAGAGGGCAUUCAGAACCUUGAUCUGAGCGAAUCUGUCAGCGGACACCUUCGAUACCCUGACCUCAUCGGCGAGAUCCUCAACAAGUGUGGAUUCGUCGGAAUCAAGGCAACGUCAGAGAUCGAGAAGGAUGAACUCAUUCUGAUGAAGGAACGUCAUGCCGAGGGCGAGUUGAUCGACUUAGAAGGCACUACUAUGGAGGGGCACAAGAGUCCUCAGUCACCUGGCCAAGAGCAGAUUGAGAAGGAUCUUCAUGGCCUUAGCAUCUCACCUCCGGCUCUUGUGUCUCCAUCACAGCCUCCAAGCCAAGAACAGAAGACACAAAAGCCCGACUCUGAGAACCCACCACUCCCCCAGCGACCUGCCGCUAAAGAGAAGGAAGAAGCGCCAGAGCUCCCACGACGACCCGUACCUAGCCAGGCACAGCCAUCUUCAGCAGCCGGCGACGAAGCCGCACCAUCAUUGCCUCAACGUCCAACUGCGCCGCAGCAGGAAGAGAAGCAUUCCAUUACCCGCCGCCCUGUUGGAGCUGAUAAGGACGAGAACCCUGCUUUGCCUCAACGUCCCAUCGUAUCUUCACACGAUUCUCACCGAGAGGAGCGGCCUGGAACGCCUGAGUCCAACAUGACAGAUGAUGAAGAAUAUGGCCAUAUUGCUAUGGUGAGCUACGACAGUGACCACAGUACGAAGUGA